ACCAACUAUUAGUGUUUUUAUCAUAACUCGAAGUAUUGACCCAAUGAAUGAAUAUGCACAAAAAACAAUAAUAAAUCACUCAAUUUGGCAAAAACAAUGAAAAAGUAUUCACUAGUGCUAAGUAUCCAUGACUCCAUGUGAAAUAAUUUCUCAAUGAGUAUGCAACGAAAAAGUAGUAAUAAAUCCCUCAAUUUGGCAAAAACAAUGAAAAAGUAUUCAUUAGUGCUAUCCAUAAAUAAUGAUUCAAUGUGAAAGAACAUUCCAUCACACUGGAAUUGGGAAAGAGUGAAAGAACAUUACGUUAAAAUGUUAGUUGGAGUCUCCUUUCAGAAGAAAAAAAAAACACGUUUUCAAAGAAACAAGGGGGAAAAAACAUGCUGAAAUUGACCUAUAAUACUACAGUAGUACUUAAGGGCGAAGGAAACGCUUCAAAUGGAAGAAAUUGUGGUAGUAAUUGGCACAAGAGAGAAGUGAGAGAAGCAUCGGAAAACCGAAAAUGGCACUUAUUUCUGCAUUUCUAAGCUCAUGGUAUGUGAAGGGAAUCACUAUGUUCCUAUCAUCAUGGUAUGUGAAGGGAAUCAUUACAAUCCUAGCAUCAUGGUGUGUGAAGGAAAUAAUUAAAGUCCUACCAUCAUGGUGGAGCUGGGCAAAAGAAAAGCUGUCCAAGUUGAUUCAGGCAAACUUUUGGUUGAUUUUUUAUCUCCCAAAAGAAAUGAAGGAGAUUGAGAUAAGGCAAGAGAAAAUUGUUGAAGACUUACACAAAGCCGGCGAUAUUACAGCAGACGAAGAUGAAGGUAACAUCAUUUAUGUCAAAGAGAGGAGUGGAAUCAAUUCCCGCAUUGAGGAUGUUAUCGAGAGCUACGACCUCCUUAGGCAGCGCAAUCAUUUAGUUGAGCUUUAUCCUAACUAUCUAAGGAGGUAUUUAAUGGUAGCCCUGCUAUUUGUGAAGCAAUUAUGGCCAAAGCUUAAGAUAGCCAACGCUAUUGUGGAGAUAAAGAAGGACAUGAAUCUGUUAAGCCAAGUGCUCCAUCAGCCGGUGGAGGCGGCCAAUGAUCCUCGGAGCUGGUUUCGUUUUAUGGAUCAGUCCCUCUUUGUCGAUAUCGAUCGUCGUAAGGAGGAGAUAAUCAUGGAGUUGGAUUUGCAAAAGAGAAGGCAUUUGAACAGGUUUUUUUUAGCUGUAAGGGGUGAGGCUGGUAUUGGCAAGACCACAGUUGUGAACCAAGUGUACGAGGAGGUCAAAUCUCAAUUCGGAUUGAGUGCUUGGGUCACUGUUUCCCAAUCUUAUAAACCAGCAGAUAUACUACUCAAAAUUCUUCAGGAGUUUAGAGUGCCUGAAAAUGUGCAAGAUGAUGUGAAGACAGCAUCACAAGACAUAUUGUCAGCAUCGGAAGUGUUUAGGAACUACAUGGUGCAAAACAACAACUUAAGUUAUAUUGUUGUUCUUGAUGAUGUUUGGGACUGUGAUUUAUUAAAAUGCAUAGAUGUUGCCUUACCUUCUAACCAAGAAGGAAGUAGGAUAUUGAUGACAACUCGUAAUAAAAAGGUUGCAAAAUACUGGAAAAAUUCCUUGUAUGGCAAUGACUAUGUUGCCAAGCGCUUGUCUGAAGAAGAUGCAUGGGAGCUAUUUUGUAAGAGGUUAUUUAACAAUAAUAAUUACCCUGAUCGAGCAUUGGAGGAGGUAUCUCGCGAAAUCUUGGCAAAAUGUGCAGGUUUACCACUGGUAAUUUUGGCAGUCGCUGGACUUCUUGCCACCAAAAAGAAAAGUAUAUCUGUAUGGAAGACAGUACGUGAUAAUCUUGGUCAUGAAUACAAAAAGUCUCAUUCUUCUUCUUAUGAAGACACUAAAAAGAUAAUGUUGUACAGUUAUCAUGAUUUGCCAUAUAAUUUGAAGGCUUGUUUCUUGUACUUUGGCAUGUUUCCUGAAGAUCAUGAUAUAGAGAUUAGUAAGUUAGUUCGGUCAUGGGUCGCAGAGGCGUUAGCAAAGAGCGAAGGGGCUUAUACACCUGAAGAAGUUGCCGAAGAUUAUAUGAAGGAUCUCAUUGAAAGAGGAUUAGUGAUGAAAAUAAGUCACAACAUGAAGAAUAAUACCAUGUAUUUACCAACAGAAAGCGAGUUAUUUGAAACUUCAGUUAGGAUUCAUGAUGUCCUCCAUGAGAUAAUAAGGGAAAAAUCAAAGGAACUAGACUUUUGUGAAUUUAUACUUGAGAACUCGCAAGAGAUUGAUAAAAAUGGAAAACCACGGCGGCUUUCGAUUAACAACAUUAGUAAUUCUCUCAACCUGCAAGACAUAAGGACUCGGAAUAAUGCUUGUAGCAUCCGCAAUUUGUUGCUUAAUAACUGUACAAAUUGUCUUGAUUUACUGGCAAAGUUACUCCCCGAAUUCGCCGAUUGUCUGAGAGUACUACAUCUGGAGGAAAGUGAAAUUGAUGGUCAUAUUCCUCAAGUGGUGGCAAAUCUGCACAACUUGCGUCUUUUGAGGCUGCGUAUAUGUAACAUACAUAACUUCCCAGAGUUGGUAUGUCAACUUAUCAAUCUGGAAACAUUGGAUAUUUAUAAUCGAUCCAUAAGUAAACCAGUUGUACUUAAUAUCAAGCGUCUUCAAAAGCUAAAACAUCUCAUUAUAAAUAGUGAAGUCAUAAUUCCUCUAGGGGUUUUGACGAGCUUGACUGAGUUGCAAACCUUAGUAGAUGUGAAUGUAAGUGAAUCUGGCUUAGUAAAGGAGCUAAAAACUUUGAAACGUAUGAGGACAUUGCAUGUAUUUAAACUGGAUGGAAAGGAUCUACCAGCAUUUUGCGACGCGUUAGAGGGAAUGACCGAGCUUCGGUCACUCGAUGUGUCCGUUAUCAGUCCAUCUGAGCUUUCCGCAUGUGACUUUGAGCAGGAACACCUGAUAAAAUCCCCCCCUCAGAAGCUGGAGGAGCUUGUAUUCUCAUUCGUUCUAAGAGACAGGUUGCCAAGAUGGAUUCCAGAGCUACAUAGCUUAGUUUGUUUGUCAUUUGAAAUAUGUAUCGGCAUGGAUUAUUUGGGUACACUACAAGUGCUCCAAGAUCUUCCUAGUCUCAAAAAACUUCGGUUACGGGUUCAGCCCUAUAUAAGUCUUGAUUUUGGUACAAAGGAUAAAUUCAAAAAUCUCAGGUUUUUGGUAAUUCGGGCUCGUGGUCGCCUGAUUAGCAUAUCGGGGGUUCUACCAUGUCUUCAGAGAUUACACUUAUCAUGUGUAAAUGAGGAUUUGGGUUUACCGGAUCACAUUCGUCAAGUGACUGACUUUUACUAAGAAAGCCUCUUCUUUUUUUGGGUAAACAAGCAAUACUUCCAAGUUAUUUUAUUUGCUUUUGUAGUUCACAUGGUUUGUACUUCUCCAUUAGGGAGUAGGAGUUUACGUGUGGAAAAAAAAUGUCAUCUAUAUUUUCUAUGUAAUUUAUCUAUGGAAAAGAGAAAGAAAUUUAGUGUUUUUGCCAAAUUGAGAUUCAAAUCAUGGAAAUAAU